ACGUUAAAUAAGGUACUUCCGGUUGCUGUCAAUGUCAAUGUGAGAAAAGGUUCCCAUGUUAUAUCAGCCUUUUGUGGUUUGUCAUGUUAUUUAACAACUCUUUACAGCUGCUGACUCUCUCUCCAGCUGAGAACUACAGUAACUUUGCCCUGUAGCCACCGCUGUUUGCGACAAAUAAGAUGAGACUGCCAUGGCCGGUCCUCACUCCACAAACAGCACCUAUGAGGAGAGCCUCCUCCGUUCCUGCAGGUAUGUUGAGUUUUGUCCCGGCCUGCAGCACCACUGAUGCUCAGUCUCUGGAGCAGCUGCAGGACUUUGUGGCCCGAGCCAGACGCCUGUUUGCCAUCACCGGAGCAGGUCUCUCCACCGAGUCAGGUAUCCCAGAUUAUCGCUCAGAGGGAGUCGGACUGUACGCUCGCACUGACAGACGCCCCAUGCAGCACGCAGAGUUUGUCCGCAGUGCAAAGUCCCGUCAGCGGUAUUGGGCCAGAAACUUUGUUGGGUGGCCGCAGUUUUCCUCCCACCAGCCAAACUCUGCUCACAAGGUGCUGCAGCGGUGGGAGGAAAGAGGCAAGCUUCACUGGCUGGUUACACAGAAUGUGGAUGCUCUUCACUCAAAGGCAGGACAGAAAAGGCUGACAGAGCUCCACGGCUGUGCCCACAGGGUGAUGUGUCUCGGCUGUGGUGUCAUCUCAGCGAGGGAGGAGCUCCAGAGGAGAUUUCUAACAUCAAACCCAGACUGGACGGCUCAGGCGGGUGCUGUGGCUCCGGAUGGCGACGUCUUCUUAGAGGACGAGCAGGUUCUCCACUUCAGAGUUCCCUCCUGUCAGGACUGUGGAGGGAUACUGAAGCCAGAGGUCACGUUUUUUGGAGACACUGUGAACAAAGCAACUGUACAGUUUGUGCACGACAGACUGGCAGAGUCGGACGCCGUGCUGGUCGUCGGGUCAUCAUUACAGGUGUACUCGGGAUACAGGUUUUUACUGGCAGCUGGUGACAGGAGAAUGCCAGUGGCCAUCCUGAACAUCGGCGCCACCAGAGCCGACCACCUGGCAGAGCUGAAAGUGAGCGGCCGCUGUGGUGAAGUGCUGUCACUCAUUCAGCCUGUCUGACAUUUGUGGACCUUAAGUUUGAAUUGUCUGUUCAGCUGGUCAAAAUUCUGGUAAAACUACCUCAGAUUCAACAAAUAACUGCAGGAUUAAGUGGUGCAAAUGGAAGAAUCAGCUGCACUCCAGAAAUACUUGCUGCUGUUAUCAAAGCAGGGCAAAAACUGACAUGUUGACACUCACAUACUGUACGCAGAAUAAUGGAACGUUAAUGAUAAUCAUGAUGCUAAUUGUCCCUCACAGGAAAUGGUUUGUUGGUCUUAGGAAUGCUGCUUAAUUGAAUAGAUUGCUCUUAGAGGAGCCAUUGCUGGGCCCCGUAACCAGACAGACAUUUAGUAGUCUGCCAGGACUGUGAAGGAAAAAGGACUCUUUCCCCUUACUGAGGUAUUUCCUUGCAUCUGUCAGCUGCAGUCGCCUUAAAUCAUACUGUAGGUCCUACAGUUCACCUCAAAGGUUGUCAUCUUUGAACCCUGGUCCUAUUCAUUUUUCUUAAAGUUGGGCUGUGAGCACAAACAGGCCUCUCUGCCUCUAAUCUGUCCCUGAAAAAGCCAGAUAAUGCAGAAGAAGAUUCAUGAGAAAGAGACAACUAUUUUAGUAUGACAGGUAUUGUUUAGCCUGACGUUCUUUAGUCUCACGUUACUGAGCAGACAAGUUGUCUCUAUAUCGGGCUGUAAUCUAAAUAUGGCAUUCCUCCCAAGUCAAUAUAUACCCAAAGUCGAGGAGAGUCCUCAGAAUUGGUGCUACCAGUGCUCACCUGAAUGUCCUGCUUUUUGUGUCACUUCUCCUGACAUCAAUAAACCUCAUUCUCAACCUAAA